AUGGCCCACGCCUCUGCUCCCUUCCAUCCUCUCCGCUACCCGUCUAACGCCAGUACUCCACAACAACCUGGAUCUGCUGCUCCACCUCCUCCUCAUCACCACCACCAUCACCAUCAUCACGCCGUUCAUGCCCACGCUCCUCAUCACCACCACCACAACGUGAGACCUCCGCCUAUGCCUUCAGCACGCAAACCCCAAACUACUAUCUCUAAUCAGGAGUUGUUGGCAUCUGUCUCAACUCUGCCGCGAAAACACCUUGGAAGUCAAGUCUACUCCACCAAGCUCAGUCUGCCUCCCAGGGAGUCCACACCCCUUGAUUUCAAGUAUCACUUCAAGAGCUCUGUCAAACCGAUCCCACGCUUCGAAGACAAGGCAAACUGCACCUUCACCGUUCGCGUUCCACGCGCCUACCUUGGUGCCUCCAGCGCUGCCGAAGAAGAUAGUAGUACCAUUGCCGGUGGUCUAGAAGAAAUUUGUAAGACGCGCGCAGUCUGGGGCUCUGAUGUCUACUCUGACGACUCUGACCCCAUCGCUGCCGCUGUCCACUCCGGCUGGAUCCGUGGUGACUUUGGCGAAUACAACGAAGAUCUUCGCGAGCUGUUUAAGGAAGGGCAAGAAGAUGCUUCGGAAACUCCAGAUUUGAACAAAGUAUACACAGAGAAGCCCGCGAGGCCUCUGCGUGCGCCACAAAAGGCUGACUUGCACAUCACGCUACUCAUUCUGCCAGCGCUGGCCUAUUACACGGCCUCGACUCAGAACUUCCUGCGCUCUCGGGACUGGGGAUCUGACCACGACGGUGUCAGCUAUAUGAUACACUCGAUCGAGUUUGUCGAGGAGAGUUCGACCAACAGAUUUGUUGAGCGCAGUGCAGCUGCCAAACAUCAGCGUAUCAAGGAUGAUCUUGCUCGUAGAAAGGAAGCAGCAGAGAGUCUGCUUGGAUUGUUGCAGGGCCCGAGAAGGAACAUGACGCCUGCGAGCUCGAAUGUCUCUGUCGGUGCUUAG